GUGAAGAGGCUUUGAUCUCGUUGCCAUGGCAGCUGUCAGAAGCGCAGCGCAAACCGCAGCCUGCCUGGCGCGAGGCUUGUCCAACUCUAGUUAGAAAUGCUUAGCUUAACUAAUGAAUUCUAAUCAAGACUUACUGCUUGGAUGCCUUACUUCGCUUCGUUUAACCAUUUCAAUUUCGAAAGCGGCGGCUUGCAAUUAUGCUUUCCCUCUGAUAUUCAAAUAUAGCACUUUCUAAACUAGCGCGUGGAAUCACUAAGGAUGUCGCAGAGUUCAUAUGGGCAAAUGUGGAAUGCUGCUCAGGGAGCUUUGGAGGACCUUUUGGAGGAUGAAUAUCCCACAAUGCAGCUCCAUCCUCAAAAGGACCGUCUUCAGGUCUUCCAGACGCUGGCAACUUUCUACCUGCGCUACCUGAAGAUAUUCCGUGCCCUGGAGGAGGUUUAUGAUCAGAAUGUUCACCCCCAAAAGAGGCGUGUUGUGCACCAGGUUCUUGAGGGGGUGAUGGGACGACUUGUAGAGCUGAAGAAUGAGAUGGUGGAGCUGGAGUACUCAGAGUUUCACUACUUUGAUGACAUAUUGCAGGAUUUCAAAAUGACACCUGAGGAUCUUGAGGUGCCUAUUCCACGCUAUUUUGUGAGGGAGAAGAUGAGGGCACUAAAAGAGAGAGAAAAGAUGUUGGCCCAUAUUUUGGCGAAAGGAGGACGUCAGGAAACUAAAACUGUGCCAGUUCAGUCCAUGUCUGUGGAGCGGGCUGUGUGGCUGCUGCAGGUCAGUGAGCGAGCUCGGCAGGGAAGACUGAGAGCUCACUUCAUGAAGACAAUUCGGCAGGAGGAACAAAGAAGACUUCAGGGUAACUCUAGCAUGCUGGACCCUAACCAGGCAGCCACCUGCAUUCAGAAGGUUUGGCGGGGGUAUCGGGACAGGAGGAGGGUCAACAAGGAUUGUCUAGAGGAGAUGAUAUUUUUGGGAAUGAUACCAGCCCAGCAAACAACACCCAGCCCUGCCCAACUGCAUGCCCAGCAGGUGGAAAGCAGGAGGCAUUGUGUGCAGGAGGAGCAUGAGGCUGAGUACCAGAGGGCACUGGUCAACAUCAAAGAGUCGGUGCGGUCUGUUGAUGGGCCAGAUAUUAAAGAGAGCCUGCAAGAACAAAUACGCCAGUGGUUUCUUGAGUGUCGAGAUGCCACGGGGAAAUUCCCUGACUUCCCAAGUCCUGAGGAUGGAGGAUCUGCAUCUAUAUUUGCUCAGAAGACACCAGAACAGGUUGCUGCUGAAUUCGCUGCUAAAGAAGAAGAGAGGGAGAAGAAGAAAAAAUCGAAGGGAGAGAAAGACAAAAAAGGGAAUGACCGCAAAGAGAAGAAGAAAGAGAAGAAAGGGAAGAUGAAAGGAAAAAAGGGGAAAGGAGAUACAGAGGAAAAAGAGAAGGGAUGGAAGAUGACUCCCAGUAACUUCCUUCCUACAGUAGUCGAGGGAGCCAAACUGUACAAAGAGGUUUGGCAUAACCGAGAUGAAAAACAGAACUUCCUUCAAUGUUUUGAUGCUCAAUUGGUGUGUGAGGAGAAGAGAUUGGAAGUUGAAGAGGAGCUCAGAGUUCAGGUGGAUGAACUGAUGAGGCAGGAACUGAAAAACCUUAAGCUGGUGGUGGACCGAGACAAGGGAAAGAAAAAGAAAAAAGUCAAGAAAAGUAGUAAAAAGAAAAAAAAGAAGGGGCGGAAGACUGGAAAGAAGAAGAAGAAAGAGAAGGAUCUCACAGCUGACAGGACCAUAGAAUCACUGUAUGAGGAGCUUGUAAUGGAAGGCUUCAUAAUCAGGCCAAAGAACAUCAAGUUGACAGAUUACAUUGGCGAAUACAGUUACCUGGGCACAACAUUGCGGCAAGCAGAUAUUGAGCCCAUGCCAUCUCUCUCUGAUGUCAGACAGCUCAUCGCACUGUAUGGCGUCCUGCCUCUGGGCUCUCAGUGCGUCCAUGAAAGAGGGCCCCUGAUCCGGGCUCUGCUGCUUACGGGGCCGGCAGGAGUUGGGAAGAAGAUGUUGCUCCAUGCCCUGUGCACCGAGACUGGGGCAAACCUAUUUGACCUCUCCCCUUCAACACUUGCUGGCAAAUAUCCAGGCAAAAGUGGACUGCAAUACCUCCUUCACAUGGUCUUCAAGGUGAGGUGAAAUCAUCGGAGGCC